GUAGGAUUUAUAGGGUAAGUUGUAUUAUAUCUUGUAAAUUAAGAGCCUUGUAACGAGUGAAUUGUGAACAGUGAGCUUUUUUGGAAAUCAAAGGCGAUAAGAAAACUUGAAGAUGAACUUCAUAGGGAAGAUUGAUAGAUACCUGGACUCACUAAAAGUUGGAAAAAGUACACUUGUAGACUCAUGGUUUAUGAUGUCCAGUCCAAUGCCAAUCUUGGCAGUGGUCGUAUCAUACCUGUUCUUCCUCAAAAUUGGAACUCGACUUAUGAAAAACCGCACUCCAUUGCAACUGACCACGAUAGUCAGCUACUAUAACGCUGGUCAAGUAGUACUUGCCACUGUACUAUGUAUUAAGGUGUUCAAGCUGAACCUUUUUAAAGAUGGCAUUGUGUAUGCAGGGUGUCGCUAUCCAUCGAAUACUCAAAAUCCUUUGCUUCUGGACUUGGGCUGGUGGUAUUUCUUCGCUAAAUUCACAGAACUUUUGGACACCGUUUUCUUCGUUUUGAGGAAGAAAGACAAACAGGUGACAUUCCUCCAUGUAUACCACCACGUUGUGAUGGCUCUCUAUUCUUGGAGCUAUCUCAAAUUCGCUGCGGGAGGUGAAGGAGCCGUCUUGGCACUUCUCAACUCGGCUGUCCACAUCGUCAUGUAUUCAUACUAUUUCCUAUCUGGUUUGGGUCCGAAGUUCCAGAAGUAUCUGUGGUGGAAGAAAUAUGUGACCAAAAUGCAACUGAGCCAGUUCGUCUUAAUGCUUGUGUAUUGCAUCUGGACAUACUUUUCACCACAAUGUCAAUACGCGGCCGGAUUCACUUACUUCAUAUCUUUCAACGUCAUUGUCUUUUUGCUGCUUUUCGUCAAUUUUUACUCAAAAAGUUAUAAGAAAGAUGCAAAGGAAAGCAUUCAAAAUGGCCACAACAAAAUGAAUGGUCAUAAUAAAAUUAAAAAUACAAAGAUGGCUAUUAAUGGUACAAAGGUGCUUUAUGAUAAGUUUGGAGUAAAAUCUGAUAAUGGUGUAACAAGAAGAUCAGUAAAGGAGUCGAGCGGACCAGAUUUUAACUUUAGGAACUUUGAAAAAUGAUGUGUCAGUAACGAAUAAUGGUGGUUAUUGUUGGUCGUCACUAGAUGACGCUGUUUAGGAAUGCGAUACAAAGUAUCACAGCAGUUCAAUUUGGCAGCGACGUGAUCUUUUUAACUUAAAAGAAUGAUAACAUUAAUUAAUAUAGUAUUAAAAUUUAAACUAUGUAUCUCACUCGCACCCUUUAAAGCACUAAAUUUUAAGAUAUUCCAUUCCAUUAGCUUUCAGUAGUGUUAGAAUCCAUAACUGAGAUCAGCGCCAUCUAGUGGUGCCAACAUGAACUUCCUGAAUCUUCUGAGACUGAUGAUUGUGAUUUAAAUGGCUUUGUUGAAAUCAGAGGGUUUGUAUUUAAGUUCAAUGUAAAUAUAGAUAUGGUUGCCUUUCGCAGUUAAAGAUUAGAUAAGUACAAGUAAGUAAAUGCCUGUUUGAAAAAACAAUAUUAUAAGUAAAGAGUAGAAAAUAAUGGUAAAUACAUAUCGUUUCGAUUGUAUCUAAUUUUCAAUGGACUAAUAGAAUGAAACAUUUUAGACAAUAAUUUCUAAGUUGUAAUGUGUGCUUAACUUUUUUUUAAGGUAGGUACGAAUAAUGUAUGGUCCAGAAAGAAUUUAUUAUGUUAGUUUUUAAGACUGGAAGAGCAAUUUUGCUAUAAGCCACCUUUGCUAAUCAGUUUAUAUGUAUUUUGCCAAUUAAAAUAGGUUUAAAAUACAAAUUUAGUUCAUUAAAAUUAAUGUAAUAUAAAUUGCCUGCGUAGUAACGUAACGUUUGGUUGGACACACAUGACAAUUUUGACAAUUGACAUUGAAUUGGAACAAAAAAGGCGGGCUCUGUAGGUUAUCCAUUGCUUUACUUUUUAUCACGAAGUAGACUAUACGUGAUAGUGAAAAAGAGCGCGAAGGUCUUUGGUCGAAAAGCUUAAGCCUGGCCACAUUAAAAGGAAAGAUGUCAAAUGUCAAUGAUUUCGGUCAUAAUAUUGAUAUUGCACCUCCGAUUCUUAUGAUAUUUAUCAAAAUAAACUACAAUCUGACUAUGAGGAUUCCGGCCAAAAUAUAUUUUUAAAUAAGUAGCUAUGUUGCAAUUAAUUAGGUAUAUCAUUGCACAUACUGUUUAGUUGAACUAGAAAUUUGUAUAUAAAAUGCUUAAUAGGGGUUCUAUUAUAACAUUUUAAUAUGGACAAACUAUAGUACAUUAGCGCCCUCUAUAUAAGACGAAUAAGUUUUGUACUUUCGUCUCUUUCUUACUUAGGUGCUAUUUGUAACUAUGGUUACAAUGUUUCUUUCGCGAAUAGAUUUUUACGAUAAUACUACUACAUGGCAUACUAGUACGCACUGUAUUAGAAGUUUUUAGGCCGAGUUUAAACUACACUGAUUUUUUUACAAAGAAAAAUCAUCACGUAAAUAUAUAGCCAAUAUAAGAAACAGAAAACUUAAGGGAAAUGAAUAUGUUUAAGGGACUCAUAACUAGUACAGCCUUACCGACAUGAACUUUUUAACUUGUUACAAAAUCCUACAUUUAUUUUCGACUUGUACUUGCGUAAAUAUGCUUUUUGUUAUAUUACGUAAAGAAUUUAGUAUUUUAAUAUCAGAAUCGGAAAUAAAUAUUCAGAAUAUAUAAUCUGCAUCCAAGAAAAAAAUUCUUUGUAAACAAUAAACCCUUUCCGUCAAAUUAAUAAACAAGUAUUCUUAGCAUAGACCCAAAUAACAACGUCAUACACUUUUGUCUGUGGUUGUUAAAAUAAAUCAUUUAAGUCAUGUAUCAAUCUACGACCGCAUCGCAUUUUUUUUCUGUAAUAAUGAUUGCCUUUUCAAUCAUUGUACCUAGUUGGUCGGGCUGUACAAAGUUAGUAUCAAGCAUAGUAAUUUUUUUGCAAAAAAUCGUUGUAUGUAAUAUUGUUAGUAUAUAUUAUACGUCUCCGAAAAACUCCAGAAUAUAUUUGAAUAUACUGCGUAGCAGAUAGUUUUUGUUUUCUGGGUUGAGAUUAGCUUUAAGUUUGCUUUGUAAUUUUUCGUAAACUUAACGAAUGCGCUUUUGAAGCUCAGCUUUUUGAAUUAAUAAUGAUUUUAACGACAAAUCUUCCGAUUAAAUAUAUAACUUCUUAACUAAACUAAUUCUUAAAGAACGACUUCACGGGUUAGAUUUACGUUCCCUUUGGCGCUAAGUUUCCCUUAUGCUAAAUAUUUUUUUGACGCACGGGAGUAAUACUUAGCAUCAUCUCUUGCCUUUCACACUAAUCGUGGUCAGAUUUUUUGAUUACCCAUUAGGCUUCUAUGUCACAAAUUUUAGUGCAUUAACUUUCUAUUGAAUUAAAAAUAGUCUUCACACACGCUUAUAAUAAAUAUUUAAUUGGGUCAGUCAAUACAAUGAACAACAUUGUAUUACUAUAAUGGACAUUCGUAAUUCCGAAAUCAUUUUUGAUUUUUGUACCGCAGGAUUCCAAAUAUCAGCGAUGUGCAUAUUGAGAUAAUUAUUUUAUUACUGUCUAGCUUCAAAAGCGCAUUUUGCCACGACGUUAUUUAUUCCGGAAGGUGCUAAUACAGUAGACCUUGCAUUCAAAAUGCUUCAAAUCCUUGUAGAUCUUCUGCAAUAGGUUAACUUGGAGUUUAUAAAAAGUAGUACAAAAUUAUACGAAUCGAUAUAUGCCAGUGAGAAGAAACGCUUUAUAUAUAAAUGUAAAUCGCACAAUAAAUUUAUAUUAGUGAAAUAAUUUAGAUAAGGUACGCUGAGGGCUCUGUCUUCCCGACAUCUGAGUUU